AUGUUAUCCCAGAGACAAAGCCCUGGUCCCAGAGUUGUCAUUAUAGGUUCUGGAUUAGGAGGGUUGUCUGCUGGAUUUGCUCUAAGACAGCUGCGGUUCGAAAACUUCACUAUAUACGAGAGAGCAUCUGACGUAGGAGGGACAUGGCGGGAUAAUACAUAUCCAGGCUGCAACUGUGAUACGCCUUCGCACUGGUACUGUCAUUCGACCGAGCCAAACCCCAAUUGGAGCGUAACCCAUGCUCCGCAACCAGAACUACAGACCUAUUGGAAACAUUUCGCCGAGAAAUACUCCUUGUAUCGCAACACUAUCUUCAACACGAACGUCAUAUCUGCUGCAUGGGAUGCUGCACAGCAGCAGUACAAUCUCGAGGUCGAGAAUGUAAUAUCUGGCGACAGGUCGUGGACAUCUGCAGAAAUUAUCAUAUCUGCGGUCGGCAUUCUGAUGGACCCAUCUUUUCCUGCGGAUAUCAACGGUAGAGAAACUUUCAAAGGAGACUUGUUCCACUCGGCGCGUUGGAAUCCCUCGGUCGAUUUCCAACACAAGCGUGUCGCAGUUAUCGGAAACGCAGCGUCAGCGGCGCAGUUCAUACCCCACCUUGUGGCCGAUCCAACCGUACACGUAACGAAUUUCUGUCGUACACCGCAAUGGUUCGUUCAUCGUGAUCGCUGGGAAUGGUCUCCUCUUCACAAAUGGAUUUUCGCGCAUGUGCCCUUCGCCUUGCCCUUGCAUCGCGGCUGGCUCAUCUGGACGUUGGAUAUAUUACCUGCUGUCAAGAAAACUGUGUUUUGGAAGUCUAGUAAACCUAUUGAAGAGGAGUUCACACAGCUGAUCAGACGAGAAGCCCCGGGCGAAUACCAUAACAAGUUAAUACCCAUAUAUCCUGCCUCGUGCAGGCGCGCAGUGAUGGACUCUGGAUACUUGUCCUGUUUGCAUCUUCCUAACUUCAAUCUGAACUGGGAUGGAAUCUCCGAGAUCACUUCUCAGGGGAUCCUCACCAAAACUGGGGAGAGUUUACCUUUCGACGUCGUCAUUUUUGCCACUGGUUAUGUUGCGGAUAGACACCCAGUCACCAUCACUGGCACUCAAGGAACGAUCCAGGAAUAUUAUACCUCCCAUGGCGGCCCCACUGCCUAUCGCGGUAUCACCAUCCCGAGCUUUCCCAACCUCUUCCUGGUUGGAGGUCCGAACACAGUGACCGCAGGUUCAGAACUUUCCACCGCUGAGACCGCCGUAAAUUACUCGAUGAAGUUCAUUGGUCCCGUCCUAGAUGGCCUGGUGUCCUCGUUCGAGGUGAAAUCCGAUGUCACCGACGCAUACAACGAGCGAAUUCAGAAGAAACUGGGCAACAAUGAUUUCGUCGGAUGCGAAUCUUGGUUCCGGACAGGCGGUACGGGCAAGAACUUCACUCUCUUCCCGGGCUCCGUCACGGAGUACUGGUGGUUCCUCCGCAAUCCAAUAUGGGAAGACUACAUCGCUGUAGGUGGUGAGCGCUGGGAGAGGUGCAGGCAGCUCACGAGAAUAAAGAGAUGGGCGAGGACGCUGGUGUUCGCGCUGUGCUUGGUGUGGAUGUCAUGGUCCCUGCGCAGAGGUUCUGUGUCCCAGGUACUCCGGUGGCUGCGGACUCGGGCCGUGACCAGUUGUUAA